GCCCCCACCUUGGCUUACUAUGGUGAGGUACUACUAUACCGAUGUACCAGACGAGUUUUGUAAAUAGUAUGUUUGAUACGUGCGAACAGUUCGGAAGUGAAACGAUUCUACUUUUCAAUCAUGCGUUUCAAUAGAGGAAAGUUAAUAGGAGAUUUAUUUGAUGACUGUUACGAUAGUGAUAAUGAUAGUAUACAAGCUUCUACCGAUAGCGAUGACACUGUAAGUAGUAGUGACGAAUCUGAAUCAGGAAAAGAUGAUCGUGCAGAAGAAAAUUCAAAUAAUAAUGAGAUUCAUACCCAUACAAGUGAAGACACGGAACCUAUAAUACUAAAUGAAGAUGAAGAAGAAGAUGAAGUUGUUAAAGCCAUUAUUAGAUCGGGAGAUGUACAGAGAAAUCAUCCUCCUCCCAUUGAAACAGAAGAUCAUGUAGUAGAUAUAUGCUUUCAUCCAAAUGCAAAUGUGAUUGCUGUAGCUAACAUAAUAGGCGAUGUUCACCUGUAUAAAUAUAGUAACACUAGAACACAACUUGCUUCAAUAUUGGAACUGCAUCUGAAAGCAUGUCGUGAUAUAGAAUUUAAUGGAGACGGAACGUCAUUAUUUUCAGCUGCUAAGGAUCUAUCUGUAAUGCUUACUGAUGUAGAAACAGGAAAGCUAAUAAGAUUAUAUGAGAAUGCACACAAUGCACCUGUGUAUACCAUGACUGUAAUUGGCGAACAUAUGCUCGCAACUGGAGACGACGAUGGAAUAGUAAAAUUAUGGGAUCUUAGACAAAGACGAGAUGAUCCUACAUUUUCAAUAAAGAAGAUGGAAGAUUAUGUAAGUUCUAUCAUAACAAAUAGAGAUGGGAAAUAUUUAGUAUGUGGGAGUGGUGAUGGCUCUCUCACAACGUUUAAUAUACCAGGAAAAAAAUUUCAUGUUCAGUCGGAAGAAUAUGAGGAGGAGUUAACAUGUCUCGGUUUAUUUAAAAAUGAAACAAAAAUUUUGGUGGGAUCUAGUAAAGGCAAAAUGUACAUAUACAAUUGGGGAGAGUUUGGACUCCAUUCUGAUGAGAUUCCUAGUGUAACGAAAAAGGCUAUAAAUUGUAUGAUUCCAAUUACCCAGAAUGUAGUAAUUACGGGCGGAGAAGAUGGAGUACUCAGGGCUUCAAGCUUGUAUCCACGUAACGAUCUUGGAAUUGUUGGACAACAUAAAUUCUCCAUUGAAACCAUUGAUAUAAAUAGUGAUGGCACUUUGAUUGCAUCUUCUUCACAUAAUAAUGAUGUCAAAUUUUGGAAUGUACAAUAUUUCGAAACAUUAGAUGUUACUAACCGCGUGAAAGGCGGCAAACAAAAACAACUAAAACAUAACCUUCCAAGUAGUAAAGUCGACAACGCGUCGAGUUUUUUUUCAGAUCUUUAGAAUAGAAACACAAAUAAUAAUUAUAUAUUAAAUAUUGUAUAUUUAUUAUUAAAAUUAUAUUUUUCAAUAUGAUUAUACAAAUAAGAAUGUACUGCGUAUUCUAUGGCUGUGUAUGCACACAAGCCCAAUCCCUCGUCUAUGAUUGGAUAGUACGAUACCGUUCUCAAGAAUUAGCAUAGUAAAGCCAUCUAUGUACUACAUUUUCAAAAUUAUCAACUAUGGGUAAUUGUGGCGAACAGCUUGGACAUUUUUUCACUAAAUGGAUUGGCGCUGUACAGUGAUACAAGAGGCGCCAUAAAUCCCUCAGUGGAGGUAAACUUGAACUGUUUUUAAUUAAAGAAAAAGGAAACACUUCUAGAGGGGAUAAUCCGAAAAUUUCGAGUCAAGAAUUCAUCUCAGAUACGAGUGAAGUUCUCUCACGUCUCUAUUGAAAACCAUUUUCACAAACAAUGUUGCAACAUACUUUGAUACACAAUUUUAUUUUUAUGAUAGUUUAAUUGUCAUACACUUAUACUGAAAGUUGAACACUGUAUUAUCUGUAUUUAAAGAUGACAAUAAAAUUACGUAUAAAUAUAAA